AUGAACAAUAGGCCUGUAGAACAGGCAUUGGCAACGCUCCUACCUACACAUGCGCAAGAUAUCCCGCAAGAACUGCUAAGCCUGGCUGUAUCGCUCGUCGCGCAGUCGCGAAGCUUUUCUUCGAGUCUCAAACCCGAUGAGGAAAUCGCACGCCCAUUUGCGUGCGCUGAAAUAGCCUGUAAGAGACUUACGCGCGCACUAAAACUACCUCCUCUCCUUGGCCAUCCACCAUGUCCUCCACGGGUUUACAAGAAGCUUUACUCUUUCCUUGACCGAUCCCUUACGCCUAGCAUAUCAAGCCCGAAACGUUUAGGAACUGCUUCGGCUCCUGGAACACCUUCCCGAUCUGGAUCUGUGCCAUUAACUCCCACAAGGCAAUCAAGGGUGACAGGAACUACACCUUCCAAGAUCAUUGGGACGCCGCGGGGGCUCGAGAAUACCCCGAGCAAGCCUACACCCUUGAAGAAAGCAACUACAAGCACGGACGUGCCAUCAUCAUCAUCAUCACGCACACCUCAAAGAACCAUCAAGUUCCCACAGAAUGGCAUUUCUGCCGCGACCAAAAUCCCCGACGCACCGGAGUGGACAAUGGUUUCAAUCCGAACAGUUUGCAAGACACUUUCCACACCAGCACCGCGCAUGAGCACAUGGUCACGCCCUCCUGUCUCUAGAGCACUACCACCGCACAUAUUUGCCGGUGUAUCAUCGAUUCUUUACUUCAUCUCCAACGCCAGCGCGACCUUCGACGAGGAAACCACAGAGUUCCUCGAACCCGUCAUCGCAACGAAAGACAAAGACGCCGACGAUGAUUUUAUUGAGAUAAUCAAUACCCUUAUCGUCGCCAUAUAUUUCCUUGUUCUCGCACGGCGCCGACAACCAACCGAAUCCUCACACGACGAAUCCCGCAAAAUGGACAAAAAGACGUUUUCAGAGAUGCGUCAAACUGCCCUCAUGAGCCUGGGUCUUCCAUCUACUGAGCGAAGAUACCGCGAAGAUGUCGAUCAGUGGAUCGCUCUCAUCAUGGAACAUACCUGGGCUAGUGGCAAGGAGUGGUUCGAAAAUAUCCCGCAAGCCGGGGAACUGGACGGGGAUGAUGAGUAUCUCUCAGAACAUGGCGAGGAAGAGAAUGGAGGGGCUCGUAGUAACAAGCGACAGAAGACUGACCGCGGGGCAUUUCUCUCGAGGGAUUCCGCGAGACGUGGGCUUCUUCCUGGCUUGGGGACAAUGAUGCAAGAUCGGGUGGAUUGGUUGAGUGCUGAGCGGAGGGAAGACUACGCGGCGUGGAAGGCCGAUAUCAUUGCUCGGAUUGAGCAGAUAGAAGCUGCU